AUGGGAGCAAACUCGUCAACAUUACUAGACUCCCUUAUGGAGGGUACAAGCUUUGACAAAACCGAAAUUGAUCGGUUGAGAAAGCGGUUCAUGAAGUUGGAUAAGGAUGGAAGUGGAGCCAUUGAAAAAAAUGAGUUCCUUGCUAUUCCUGGAAUCUCAUCUAACCCACUCGCCAGUAGGCUAAUGGAUGUAUUUGAUGAAGAUGGAAGUGGCACCAUUGAUUUCCAGGAGUUCAUUGCUGGCUUGUCGGUUUUCAGUGGAAAGACGUCCAAAGCAGAUAAAUUGAAGUUUGCAUUCAAGAUAUAUGACAUUGAUCGGGACGGAUACAUAGGUAAUGGAGAAUUGUUUGCGGUGAUGAAGAUGAUGGUAGGAAAGAACCUACAGGAUGAGGAUCUUCAGCAGAUUGUGGAUAAGACGAUGAUGGAGGCCGAUGGUGAUGGAGACGGUCAGUUGAACUUUGAGGAGUUCCGGCGGGCGGUGGACUCCAAGUCCGUGGCGUCUUCCUUGACGUUGAACAUGAUAUAG